AUGAGGUCAGCCUGUCUCUCUCUGCUCCUGGUCACCGCCUGCUGGGCGCUUCCCUUCCGCCAAUCCGGCUUCCUGGACUUUAUGAUGGAGGACGAGGCCGGCUCCGGAGUGCCUGAGCUCCAGCCUACUAAGGUGGAUGUUGAAGAGAGCUACGCAAUGCCGAUACCCGAAGGACCUAGAUGCCCUUUCCGCUGUCAGUGCCACUUGCGGGUGGUCCAGUGCUCUGACCUCGGUCUGAAGGAGGUUCCCAAGGACAUCCCAGAUGAUACCACCCUGCUCGACCUGCAGAACAACAAGAUCACAGAGAUCAAAGAAAACGACUUCAAGAACCUCAAAGGCCUUCAUGCGCUGAUCCUGGUGAACAACAAGAUCAGCAACAUCCACGCCAAGGCCCUCAAUCCGCUGACCAAACUGCAGCGCCUCUACCUGUCCAAGAACAAUCUGAAGGAGAUGCCAGCCAACAUGCCCAAAAGCCUGCAGGAGCUGCGUAUCCACGAAAACGACAUCAGCAAGAUCAAGAAGGCCUCCUUCCAGGGAAUGUCCCAAGUCAUCGUCAUGGAGCUCGGAUCCAACCCCCUGAAGAGCGCCGGGAUUGACGCCGGCGCCUUUGCUGACCUCAAGAGAGUCUCCUACAUUCGUAUUGCGGACACUCAGAUCACAGAGAUCCCCAAAGGUCUGCCCAGCUCGCUCUCUGAGCUCCACCUGGAUGGAAACAAGAUCUCCAAGGUCACCGCCGAAAGUAUGAAGGGCCUCAAGCAGCUCGCUAAGCUGGGUUUGAGCCACAAUGAGAUCAGCCUGGUGGAGAACGGAACCCUGGUCAACGUCCCCCACCUCCGCGAGAUCCACCUCGACAACAAUGCCCUGACCAGCGUGCCCCCCGGCCUGCCCGACCACAAAUACAUCCAGGUGGUCUACCUCCACGCCAACAAAAUCGGUGCAGUAGGAACGGAAGAUUUCUGCCCCCCUGGAUUCAACACAAAGAAGGCCAUGUACUCGGGCAUCAGCCUCUUCAGCAAUCCCGUUCCCUACUGGGAAGUGCAGCCCAUCACCUUCCGCUGCGUCUUCGACCGCUCCGCCAUCCAGCUGGGCAACUACAGGAAGAAGUAG